AUGAGAAAGUUGCUUACUCAGAAAGAGUCGCGAUAUUUGCGUCUAAAACGACAAAAGAUGGACGCUACGGUAUUCGAAAGGAUUAAAACGAUCGGAAUAGGCGCUUUCGGAGAAGUCACUUUGGUGAAGAAGAAGGACACUGACAUGUUGUAUGCGAUGAAAACGCUGAGAAAGCUGGACGUCAUCAAGCGCAAUCAGGCAGCGCACGUCAAGGCGGAACGAGACAUUCUGUCCGAAGCGGACAACGAAUGGGUAGUGAAGCUUUACUACAGCUUUCAGGAUAAGGACAGCUUGUUUUUCAUUAUGGAGUACAUACCUGGUGGUGAUAUGAUGGCGUUGCUCAUUAAAAAAGGCAUUUUCGAAGAAGACCUAGCUCGCUUUUACAUCGCUGAGCUGGUCUGUGCUAUCGAAAGCGUACAUAAGUUGGGAUUCAUUCACCGUGACAUCAAACCUGACAACAUUCUGAUCGACAGCAACGGACACAUAAAGCUGACUGAUUUCGGUUUAUGCACUGGUCUUCGUUGGACUCACGACUGGAAGUAUUACGCCGAAGAACCUCAAGUACCAGGUAUAUAG